CGGGACCUAAUUCACGGCCACGCGGGAUAGUGAGCGCAUGCGCAGUAUGAGCAGCGCUAAAAUUCAAACCUCCCACCAUACGCGCUGAUUGGUCCAGAUCUGUGGCAUGACGUCACAAUGCCGAAGGUAUAUAUAUGCCUACUUUCACCGCGGGACGCUAGAAGCAGCCCAGAUACAAUACUGACAACAUCUCUUCAGGAGGAAACGUUAUUACGGAAGAGUUGUGCUGAUAGUACCCAACGUUAUUUAAUAGUGUUUGUUGGCAGCACAUAAUGGCGUGUGAUUCACGUGCUGGUUUGGAGGCCCAGAAGCUUAUCAGCAUCUCUCUUGGGAAGAUGGCAGCUUCACGUGUAGGUCGGACUGGUGCCUCUCUACACAAGUCUCUGCUGGUGGCAUCAGUGUUGCACCGUGCCCGCCACGUCUUCCUGGAGGAGAGCUACCACGUUCACCGUGCAACCCACCCUGAAGCUUACGCCCAUCCAACCGCAGCUCCCCCUACACCCGUCAUAACAGUAUAUGCACCUUUACUCUCUCCGGCGCCGACACCCGUCCCACCCACAGAGGAUGACAGCGAUGUUGAGGACAAGGAGAACCGAGUGUGCGAUAAACAGGAGCAACAGCAGACUGAAGGAGGAAGAGCCCCGUUGAGUGAUAGUAAUAACCGCGUGAUAGCCCUUAAGAGACGUCGUUGUGUAAGCCAGCAGGAAACUCAGGAGGCUGUGUGGUCCAUCUUACCAAAGCGGCCUCGUACUGCCUCCAUUACAGAGUCCCGUACCUCUGAAUCCGCCCAGGACCCCAGCCUCGACCAGGACAGCGACUCCUGCGGCGGCGGCAGCAGCAGCAGCAGCAUGGAGGUGGAACACAUUACCUCCCUAGUCUCUAUCUUCAGCUUCGGUGGCCAGCGUGUGGACCUUUGUGGUGCCCAGGCAGCAAGAGAGGAUCUGGCCCAGUACCAACCAGUGGCACUAGCCGUGUGAGGGACUAGCCAGCACCCCCCGUGUUACCUCUUGUACCUGACGAGGCUCUGGGCCUACGCCUGCUAGUCAACUACCCAGGCAAGCCUUCUCCCGUACGCCACUCCAGGACGACCAUCGAGGACUACCCACGCCCGUGGACGACCGUUGAGGACCACCCACGCCCGUGGACCGUUGAGGACUACCCACGCCUGUGAACGACUGCAUCCCAUGACUUAGCAAUUACUUCGUUAGGGACGUCCGUUUAACAACGUUUUUAAGAGUCGUGCAGUGUUAGGAGCCUGGGUAGUGUUAAAUCUCGAGUCUUUACCCGAGUGCUGGUGUGUAGUGGUAGUAGGGAGUCCUGUGGAGUUAUGCCAGGGAGUAUUCUAGGGAAGUAGUGGAGGAUUACUCUAGUGUGGAGUGGUGGUAGUGUUGGGAGGAGGUGCCGGGACUUAUUUGUGUUGCUCGCCAUGACAGCGGCUACACCUCCAUGUGAUAAUUGUACAUAAGUGUACAAAAUAGAUGAUUAUAUUUAUCAUUGGCUUUCUGCGCCAGUGUAUUUUAUAAAAUAUAUAUAUUUUAUAUACUCAUGUUGAAAAUAUUAAAUAAAAUGUCAAAAGUUUA